AUGAGUCUAGAGGAGAGACUCACAGACACAUUCAACGACGUGCUCCGAACGUCCGGCUACAUCUUCGAGAUCAUCAACAACAACAAGCGCCAGAGCAAUCUCAUUGCCGGCCCCAACAACCAACUUAUUCCCGGCCCCGUGACCAACCAGCUUGCCAAAAGCAUUGCCCAAUUCGACUUGAUUCUAGACGAAACCUUGGGCCGCUUCAACGACGCGCGGUGGUGUGUCGAGCAGAUCGUCGACAACCGCCAGCGGCAGGAAGAGCUCAAGGCACAGGAGGAGAUGGAGCGGCAGAAAAAGGCCGAGAGCGAGCGCAAGAAGAAGGAGGAGGAAGAGGCCGCCCGCAAGAAGAAGGAGGACGAGGAGGCGCGCGCAAAGGAGGCCAGCGAGCGCGAGAAACAGGCCAAGGAGCAGCAGGAGCGCGAGCAGAAGGCGCGCGACGAACAGAAGAAGAACGAGUCCGCUUCAGGGGCAGCUACCGCCGCUACCAAUAAUAGUGAUACUAGUGCGACUACCAAAGGCAAUUCGACGGCAAAGACGGAUGGCCUGAUGAUGGACUCGGCGUUCGAUCUAGACUUGGACUUGGACAAGGACCAGGACUUGUUGAACCCGCUGGAUAUCUUGUCCACGAUCAGCUACAAGGACGGCAGCGGCGCGCCCAGCAAGCUUGACGCCAGUCUCGAUAGCAUGAACUUGGACUUCGAUGCGGUGUUGAGCGGCGGGCAGUCUGUGUUGGAGGAUUUGAACAUGGAUCUCUUGGACCAGGACUUCGAUGCGGGCCAGGGAAUGGAGGAGGAGUUCGAUGUGGAUACAUUUUUGAACCAGAUUGGAAAUGGAGAUUGA